ACCAUGAUUACGAGAAAAUACAGAUAAAAAUGUCGGCGAACAUUAAUUGGAAGUCUCAGCAAACUUGGGCAGUUUUGUUAGUGACCACCCUCUGCCUGUUAAGCACUCACGCCGUUUGGGCCAAGAAACUGAAUGCGAGCCAAGCAUUCGACGACACAUGGAACACAGCAUCGGAUUUAGAAAAUGAAUUGGAACAACAGAAGCGGGCAAAGGGCCAGAAUGGAGGUGCAGGAGGCGCUACCUCUGGCAGUGGACCUGGCCAGUGGUCGAGUUGGUCGGACUGGUCGACUUGCUCGCGCACCUGCGAUGGCGGCAUUAUGCAACAGAUGCGACGGUGCAGCAGCCCCGGCAGUUGCCGCGGCGAGAGUGUCCGCUAUCGCAUAUGCAACAUGCAACCGUGUCCGGAGCAACAGGACUUCCGCUCCAGCCAGUGCGCCGCCUACAAUGAUGUGCCCUACGAUGGGACCCUGUACAAGUGGACGCCGCAUUACGAUUAUGUCGAGCCUUGUGCUCUUACAUGCAGGGGCCAUCCAGCGCAUCUAGUCGAGGACAUAUCCAGGGAGUCGGCCGGAGGCGGUAAUCCCGAGGAGGCGGAACACUACGACGAGCAGAGCGUCAUUGUGCAGCUGUCGGCCCGGGUGCAGGAUGGAACUCGAUGCCGUUCCGGCAGCCUGGAUAUGUGCAUCCAAGGCAAAUGUCAGCGUGUUGGCUGCGAUUUGAAAAUCGGCUCGACGAAGAAAAUCGACGGGUGCGGCGUGUGCGGCGGCGAUGGAAACUCGUGCUCCCAACCGCUAUAUUACUGGGAGAUGGGACCGAUGUCGCAGUGUUCAGUCACCUGCGGUGGAGGUUACAAAAUGUCUCGUCCUAUAUGCAGGAAUCGUCUAACCAAUGCCGAUGUCGAUGAUACGCUCUGCAGCCUUACUAAUCGCCCGGAGGCGGCCGUGGAGCAAUGUAGUACACACAGCUGUCCGCCGCGCUGGAUAACUGACGAUUGGAGCACUUGCAGCCGGCUCUGUGGCCACGGCUACCGGGAGCGGAUGGUUGUCUGUGCCGAGGAGUCGAACGCCAUCAAAACGAGGGUUGCAGAUAUCAUGUGCCGCACACCGAAACCGCCAACACAAGAGACCUGCAUUAUCGAGGAGUGUCCGCAUUGGGAGGUCGAGGACUGGACCGGUUGCUCGGUUUCCUGCGGCCAGGGAAUUCAGAUGCGAGGUGUGGAAUGCAAAUCGACGGAUGGCAGCCUGAGUGCCAAGUGUGAUCCACUCACCAAGCCCGGCAGCGUUCAACAGUGCUCCACUGGCAUCCAUUGCGGAGGAGGAGGCGGCUCACAGAGCAAAGCCGGUGGCACCAUCAUCGUGGGCAGCAGUCGGUCACAGAACGAGCGGUCCGACCGGCAGAUGGACAGCUCUGACAUGGAUGACGAGGACGAAGACGAGGAUAUGGACGAUGAGGCCGAAGACAUUGAUGACUUGGAAUCGGGUCAGGACACCGAUGACGGUGAGGGCGCGUCCUACUCCGAUCAGCCAUUGCGCUAUGCCCAUCACACUCAGAGCAGGUUGCACCACGAUGACCAGGAUGAGCCGCGAACAAUGCGUCUCAUGGGCGGAAACUCAAACAGUAAUUACAAUAGGGGAGGAACUGUUGUACCCUCUUUGGAUCCCUCUUACAUCAAGGACACGGAGUGGUCGCCUUGCAGUGUCACCUGCGGCGAGGGCAUUCGCCGACGAGUCUACAAGUGUAAGAUAUACCUGGAGUACUCCCGAACGGUGGCCACCGUGAAUGACAGCCUUUGCGAGGGAACCAAGCCCCACGACGACGUGGAGCGCUGCGAGGAGGAUCCCUGUGUGUUGCCCUCCCACGGUUUCGAUGACCAGUACCCCCGGGACUCCAUCAAGGUGGGGGUCUCAGAGCCGGGAAAGACAUACGUAUGGCGAGAGCAGGGCUACACCUCAUGCAGUGCCUCCUGCCUGGGCGGCGUGGAGGAGCUGAUCAUCAACUGCGUGCGAGAGGACAAUGGUAGAGUAGUCUCGCCCUUCCUCUGUGCCCCGGAGUCCAAGCCGGAGGCCAGAGUUCGCACCUGCAACGACCGUCCCUGCCCGCCUAGGUGGAACUACUCCGACUACACUCCCUGCUCCAAGAGCUGCGGCAUCGGCAUCAAGACCCGAGAGGUACAGUGCAUCCACGAGGUGACCCGCGGUGGUGAAAAUACCAUGGUAGUGCCCAACAGCAUGUGCCCGCAGCCUCCGCCCCCCGACCGGCAGUACUGCAAUGUUCUGGACUGUCCCGUGCGUUGGGAGGUGGGUGAGUGGUCCAAGUGCUCGCACACCUGUGGCUAUGGCUUUAAGGACCGCAAGGUCGAGUGCAAACAGAUCAUGGCCCAGGAGCACAAGAUUGAGAGGCCGGAAUCAAUGUGUCCCAGUGCCAAGCCGACGGACAAAAAGCCCUGCAACGUGAAACCUUGCCCACCAGAGGAUCCCAAGCCCGUUAUCCAAAUCAACAACUCCACGCAUAUUCAACACGACCCUAAGAAGACUAAAAUCACCCUUAAAGUUGGCGGGGCCGGUAUCGUCUUCUUUGGCACCCAAGUGAAGAUCAAGUGCCCAGUGAAGCGAUACAAUCGCACCAAAAUUAAGUGGAGCAAGGACCACAAGCCUCUGCAACGUUCCCGCAAGUUCAAGGUGUCCAAGAAGGGUGCCCUGCGCAUUCUUGACAUCACGUUCCGCGACGCCGGAGUAUACUCCUGUCACGCCGGACUCAGUUCGGCUGAGAUUGCUAUCGAGGUGAAGGCCAAGCCAGGCCAGCAGGCCGAGGACUUGGAGCGGCAGGAAGCAGAUCGCUUGGUGCGUGAACGAAGUGGCACGGAAGCACUCACCUCCGCGGACAUGACCUCGGCGGGAGGGCCAGGAGCUGUGGCUGGAACCGAUUGGCCCGCUAAUGGGUCUACGAAUCAGCAGCAGGGCACCCGUCGCCGGCAGCAGUCGGAGCGUUUGCAGAACGGCAGGGAGCGGGAGCGUAGCCGGAGACCCAAGUCGGACGGAGUCCAGCAUGCGGACAGCAGCAUUAUGGAGGACGAUCAUUCGCAAUUAGUGCAAUCGCAGGACAGAAUCCCACAGCCAGCGAGCGCCAGCAGCGGCAGCAGUCGCACCAGAGCUCUCCUGGCGAUGCCAUAUUUCCAGGCACUGCUCAGCAAUCUCCAGUUCCUCUGGCCGCUGCAGCGCUUCAAGGACUCGAAGGGCCAACACAUGCUCCACGAAGAGGCUCUCAAGUACGGCAUGGAUCUGGAGCCCAAGCACUACGAACAAGACGAGCCGAUGGCUGCCCGGACCAAAGAGCUCCACACCGAAGCGGGCCCUCUACGGGCGGACACCGACUCAGAAUCGAAAGGACACGCUGAAGACAUCCCACCACACAUGCCACACGCUCGGUGGGAAACAGCAGCAGUAGCCACGACAACGUCGGUUCCCAGUUUGGAGAGCGAUGGAUUCAUCUACAAAUGGCAGCUGGGUGAAUGGUCCAAGUGCUCUCAGGAAUGCGGAGCAGCUGGCAGUGGUUUGCAGCGGCGUUCGUUGAGCUGCCAUCGAGAGGCAAAGUCCAAAGGUUCCAGUAGCGCCACCAACUCCAGUAGCAACAGUAGCACCGGAUUGGAUGUCGUGGAUAAUUCAGAGUGCACCGCCCACGGCCUGGAGAUGCCCGACACGUUCCAGAGCUGCGGCAACGAGGCCUGCCCGCAGUGGACCAAGGGCGAGUGGUCGCUGUGCCACCAGUCCCGCUGCCACGGCAGGAACACGGCCGUGCAACGCCGCGAGGUGGCAUGUCGCUACGAGAAUGGGACGGCGGGCAGUGCCUGCGAUGAGUACGAGAAGCCUCCGAUGCGACAGGACUGCUACAACGAGCGCUGCAAGGGCGUGUGGCGUGUGGAGCCCUGGUCCGAGUGCAAUGCUCCGUGUGGCCGCCAGGGCAUCAAGUAUCGCAUCCUACAGUGCGUCUGGUACGGCAGCCGACGUCCGGCGGGCAACGUUUGCAAGCACCAGCCACGUCCGGCGGUCAUGAAGGUCUGCAAGAGUCCGCCCUGCCAGGCCAAGUUGUCAGCAUCUUCGGCUUCCUCGCAACACUGUCGCGACUCAUCGCGCUAUUGCCGGAAUGCCCGGGCCAUGGGCUUGUGUCGCCUGCAUCGCUACAAGGAGAAGUGCUGCGGUUCCUGCCAGCAGCAGCCCAAUCAAUAUAUAUUCCAUUAGCUCCGCUGCCGGCUGCCAACUGAGCGAGCAAUUUACGAAUUCUGCAAGCAAUUACUCUAAGUACCGUAAAUCUAAAUAACUAUAGCAAGAUAUAAAGUUAAACUUAUCCAUAUGUACGUUUACCAGCUACUAUCCCUACUACAUAAACACGAUACCAGUUUGAUUUUGUAUUGAAUCGAGAGGAAAUUUAGUUAGACUUAAACACAUACUAUAUCCAAUUCAAAAUUUGUUGAACAAAAAUAUUUAAUUUAUUUAAAGUCCCCUAAAAGUAACAAACCUGAACAGUGUAACAUGGCAUUUGCAACUAAAGAUAAGCAUAAAUAAUGUUAGAUUUGCCUUUGGCAGGUUCCCUCAAACAAAUCAUUUGCGAAAAGGCAAAAGAUUUGAUUGAGGGAGCAGGUCAGUGGCACAAGCUUUGCUUUAAGCAAUUAAAAAAUUAUAAUAUUAACGACUCGACCGUGCUAAAAAAUAGCAGAAGUGAGCGGUGAACUGUGGGAAUUAGGUUAAAUUUCACUGUUCAAAAAAAUAUUCACGAGCAGUCCAUGUCGAAAAAUAAAAAAGUAUUGGAUGGGCGCUACGAGAAACAAUGAAUGAAAUGUUUAGAAAACGAAAAACUAAAUACGAAAGGAUCAUCAAUUAUGAUGGCAGUUUAUUGCUGAUUCACAUGGCCCACAAAAAGUAGUUGAAAUGUUUUAGCAAAUAUCUCUGACUAGCAUUAAACGUAAAUUAAUCAGCCAACUUCACUAAGCCCCAGAACCUUGCCUUGGACUUUUAAGAGCAGCAGGAUGACAACAAAAAUUCGCACUGUUACCUAUUGUGAACUUAAAAACAAAAAAAAUGUAAAUAUAGCAAAAUUAAGGCAGUUGUCCUGUCUAUAUCGAUAUGCACCUUUAACUAAUGCAUCGUCAAUUUGCGUCACUGUUCUUUGGUUUUGCAUUUAAUAAUUCGCCACUACGGAUACUGUAAAUAAAUCGAAUUCGAAUCCAAAUCAGCAACUCAUUUGAAGGCUUACCUUGUAAUUUAAAAGACAAAAAGAUAAACUAUAUGGUAUAUAUGCGUAUUUGUAAUUAGUUUUUUAUGAAGAGAUUGUUUUAUAAAUAUUAACAUAAAUCUAUAAAAGUAAAUAAAUGGGCGGCGCACUAGCUGCGAACUAUAGUUUAAAUAUAUGCAUUAAAACCAAAUCAUGGCAUAAAUACAGUGAAUGUUAAAGCGUAAAUAAAAGUGUAAGCUGUUAAGUGAGAGUUAUUAAUAAUUAUCAUACAAAACUCAAUGCAAACGUAACCAAUGUUAAACACAUAAACACACAAAGGUACAUCUAAACACUAACCGAAAAAUAUAAAUACGAAAACUAAAAAAAUACAGCAUUCUGCAGGAUACGAAGGAUGUGUAUUAUGACAAGAUAAAGAUAUACAUAACACAAUGGAAGCUGCGAACUAUUGUAAGAAUUUAAAACAAAACUGGAAUAAAUAAUAAAUAUUGACGAA